AUGUCCAUCUCCCGCCGCGUUAUCACACCCCUCCUCCUGUCGCGAACCACCCCUACAAUCCGACCAGCUGCACGCCUCGCUGCCAUCACCGCUCCCCUCCUUCGCCCGCUACACAACACUCCUCACGCUCUCAAGAACAUGCGCUGCGUCCUCAUCAAGGACGGCAAGGGCCCCGUCGAGAAUAUUUACCUCGGUGAGGAGCCGACGCCGAGCCCCAAGAAGGGGGAGGCGCUUGUCAAAAUCGAGACCUUCGGCCUCAACCGCAUGGACCUCCUACAGCGCGAGGGCAAGUACAACCUCCCUCCACAGGCUAGCAAGACGGUGCUCGGCGUCGAGUUUGCCGGCACAAUCACCGAGCUCGGCGAGGGUGGGUCCAAGUUCAAGGUCGGCGACGAGGUGUUUGGCCUUGCGUUCGGCGGAGCAUACGCCGAGUACAUUGCCAGCCCCGAGUCAAUGCUCCUUCCCAAGCCCAAGGAAUUGAACUGGGUACAGGCCGCGGCCCUCCCCGAGAACUGGAUGACUGCGUAUCAGGCCCUCUUCCUCGAAACCGGACUCAAGGAAGGAGAGAACGCGCUUAUCCAUGCCGGCGCGUCUGGUGUUGGUGUCGCUGCAAUCCAGCUCGCCCUCCAGACUGGUAAGGCAGGCAAGGUAUUCACCACCUGUGGUUCCGAUGAAAAGGUCGCGUUCCUCAAGAACCUCGUCGACAACGAUCCCCGCCUCAUUGUGAUCAACUACCGCACCCAGGACUUUGAGGAGGAGAUCAAGAAACACGACACGGGCAUCGACGUCAUUGUAGACUUUAUUGGCAAGGACUACUUCCAGCGCAACCUUUCUGUUAUGCGCCGCGACGGCCGCAUGGUAUUACUUGCGUUCAUGAGUGGUGCUGUCGUCGACAAGGCCAACAUUGCCAUGUUCCUCGGCAAGCGCCUCCAGCUCCGCGGAUCCACCCUCCGCUCCCGCACGGUCGAGUACCAGGCCAACUUGCUCCAGCAGUUCAAGGAACACGCACUCCCCCUCAUCGUCUCGGGCAAGUACAAGGUCGAAGUGUACAAGACGUACCCAUGGACCGAGGUCAUCGAGGGACAGAAGGAGAUGGCGGCCAACAAGAACUCUGGCAAGAUCGUCUUCGAGAUCACCAAGUAG